AUGGUGCUACAAGCGAACACUAGUUUCGCGCUCACAUACUCCCCACAUUUUCCAUCAUCUUCUUCUCUCCUCCCUCCACAAAUCUUCAACUUCAAACUCAAACCCUCACAACCCUCUCUCACUCUCACGCGCCGCCGAAUACCACCAAUAGUUACACGCGCCGUCGAGGAAAAAAAUCAACCCAGCCCCAAACCCGAACCGGAGUUUAAUGAGUCCGAAUUAGCAUCGGAAUUGAAGAAAGCGAUGCAAGAGAGGAAGGAUAAAGAAGGCGACAAUUUCUGGAACGGAGUGGUGAAAGAGAUCGGCGAAAUCGAGUGGCCUGAGUUCGGAAAGGUUUUGGGAACAACCGGUGUUGUUCUUAGCGUUAUCUUUGGUUCUAGCGUUGUUUUGCUCACUGUUAAUGCUGUUUUAGCUGAGCUUUCUGAUAAGGUUUUUGCAGGCAAAGGGAUUCAGGAUUUCUUCACCUGA